GGCAUGGCGAGGCCAUGGGUACUUCUUCUCAUCUGCUUCCUUCUUCCUGGGCUACUGCUCUCAGAGGCUGCCAAACUCCUACAACUGUCCUUGAUGGGUGGAAGCCAUUAUCUAUUAAUGGAUCGGGUGUCUCAGAUUCUUCAAGAUCACGGUCACAACGUCACCGUGCUUCUCCAGAGCGCGAAUUUAUGGAUAUCAGGUAUGAAAGAGGAAGAAAAAUCAUACCAAGUUAUCACUUGGCUUCCACCUGAAGAUCAUAACAAAGUAUUUUAUAAUUAUUUGGAUUUCCAUAAGGAAGAAGCUUUGGCUGACAGAGACAAAUUUGAAAACUUUUUAAAAUUCAUGGAACUGCUGGGACUUCAGUGCAGUCAUUUACUAAAGAGAAAUGAUAUCUUGGAUUCCUUAAAGAGUGAGAACUUCGACCUGAUAAUUCUUGAAGGAUUUGACUCGUGUUCUCUUCUGAUUACUGAGAAGCUUGGGAAGCCAUUUGUGUCCAUUAUUUCCACCACAUUUGGCUAUCUGGACAUUGGGCUACCAAGCCCCUUGUCUUAUGUGCCUGUAUUCUAUUCCAUGCUAACUGACCACAUGGACUUCUGGGACAGAGUGAGGAACUUCCUGAUGUUUUUUGUUUACUCCAUUAAGCAAUGGCAAAUCCAUUCCACAUUUGACGACACCAUCAAGGAGCAUUUUCCCAAAGGAUCUAGGCCAGUUUUGUCUCAUCUUCUAAAGAAAGCAGAGUUGUCAUUUGUUAACUCUGACUUUGCCUUUGAUUUUGCUCGACCUCUCCUUCCCAACACUGUGUAUGUUGGAGGCUUAAUGGCCAAACCUGUUAAAGCAGUACCACAAGAAUUUGAGAAUUUCAUUGCCCAGUUUGGAGACUCUGGCUUUGUCCUUGUGACCCUGGGCUCCAUGGUGAGCAGCUAUUCAUCCCAGGAGCUUCUCAAGGAGAUGAACGGUGCCUUUUCUCAUCUCCCUCAAGGGGUUAUAUGGAGAUAUGAACGUUCUCACUGGCCCAAAGACAUCAAAUUGGCAGCAAAUGUGAAAAUUGCGGACUGGCUUCCUCAGAGUGACCUCCUGGCUCACCAUAACAUCCGUCUCUUUGUCACUCAUGGUGGGAUAAAUAGCAUCAUGGAGGCCAUCCAACAUGGCGUGCCCAUGGUGGGGAUUCCCAUCUUUGGAGACCAGCCUGAAAACCUGCUCCGAGUAGAAGCCAAAAAGUUUGGUGUCUUUAUCCAGUUAAAACAGAUCAAGGCUGAGACACUGGCUCUGAAGAUGAAGCAAGUCAUAGAAGACAAGAGGUACAAAUCUGCAGCAUUGGCCGCCAGCAUCAUCAAGGGCUCCCAUCCUCUGACCCCUGCCCAGCGGCUGGUGGGCUGGAUCGACCACAUCCUCCAGACAGGGGGUUCUGCACACCUCAAACCCCACGCCUUCCAGCAGCCGUGGCAUGAACAGUACCUGCUCGACGUCUUCUUGUUCCUGCUCGUGGUCACCGUGGGCACCGUGUGGCUCUGUGGGAAGCUGCUGGGUGUGGUGGUCAGGUGGUUGUGUGGAGCCAGGAAGCUGAAGAAGGCCUGA